AUGGCUUUAUCUCCAGGAGCCAGCAACUGCACAACACAAUCCAUUCCAACUCCCGAGAUUUUUGGUGCCAGCAUCAUCGGACUUGAAGCUCACUUAGCAUUGGACUAUGUCCCUGACGGUGGUACUUCGUAUUGGCCAAAUCACGGCCCACUUCCCACCGAUAUUAAGGUCGACUUUUGUAACGUUACAGUUACUCAUACGCACCCCGGAAAGAAUGACACGCUACGUACUCAAAUAUGGCUUCCUCUGGAUCCUGACUGGAAUGGUCGUUUCACAAUGGCUGGUGGUGGGGGUUGGUCUGCGGGAUUCAGUUCAUCGUUCGCCAACAUGUACGGUCAAGUGACUGGAGGCUACGCAAGUGCGACCGUCGAUGGCGGAGUAGAACAUGAGAAUGGAUCUUCUGUAGCAGAAUGGGCUCUAAGUAGCCCUGGCAACGUCGACUACAACGCACUCCAGGAUUUCGCAUUUAACGGACUUAUCGACGGUGCGUUGAUUGCAAAAAGCAUUAUCAAGACUUUCUACCACUCACCCCCUACGUAUUCGUACUGGGAUGGCUGCUCUCAAGGCGGUAGACAGGGCUAUCUUUUCGCACAAAGAUUUCCAGAUGUUUUUGAUGGAAUCGCAGCAGCCGCGCCCGCUAUCAAUUGGAGUCCAUUCUUCUUUGCUGGAACGUACCCUCACCAAGUGUUCUACGAACUCAACACGACUGGUUUUCCGCACCCCUGCGAGUUUGAAGCUCUUGAGAAAGCUGCUAUAGCGGCUUGCGAUGGUCUUGACGGGUUGACUGACGGGUUGAUCUCGGAUCCAGACAAGUGCUACGUCGAUCCACGAACGCUGGUUGGAUCCACAGUUAACUGCAGUACAACUGGUGGGCCUUCGACUAUAUCAGCUAACGCUGCCAUAAUUAUGGAAGCGGUUUGGGAGGGGCCUCGUACACAGAAUGGGUCCUCUCUUUGGUAUCCAGCAGGCUAUGAGGUAAACGGCGGUUCACUAGAAGCUCCUGGUCCCGAAAUCAUCGGCAGCACCUGCAACAACGGCACCUGUACGCCUCUGAGAGCUACACUGUUUACGGAUUGGAUCAAGUAUUUUGUCGAAAAAAACCCGAACUACAAUUUGAACAAUAUGACCCGCGCUGAGUGGGUGGAAGAUUUUGUAGCAGGAGAGCGGGAGUACAAAUCUAUCAUGAAUACUGAUUUUCCGGAUCUUAGCGGACUUCGAAGAUCAGGAGGGAAGCUUCUUACAUGGCAUGGACUUGCGGAUGGGGCAAUACCAUACGGAGGAACACGCGAUUACUUCGACCGGGUGUCUGUUCUCGAUCCUGAGUUAAGAGAUUACUACCGCUAUUUUGAAGCACCAGGCGCACGUCACUGCAUAGAUGGACAAGGCGGUUCUCCACAUGAGACAUUCCAAGCUUUAGUUGAUUGGGUUGAGAAAGGCAUUGCACCCGAGACACUUACUGCCCGGAACGCGGAAGACAAAGAGCGUCUGCUUUGUUUGUAUCCAAAGAAAGCCGUGUUCAAAGGUAAUCCUUCGGAGUAUACCGCUCAAGACUUCGUGUGCGAAUAG